AGAGAGAGAGAGAGGUUGAUGGAGGGACGAGGGCCACUCAAUCUCUAGAUAAGGAGAGCUAGGGUUCCUCCUCGAUUGGGUUUCCAAUGGCCGAGUCGUCGACGCGGGCGGGGUGGGAGGCGUUGUUUGAUGUCGAGGAGUUACCCUGGGAGGUGAAUGGUGCUGGGGUGUAUGAUCUUGUUCAUGGUGGGAACCUUGCGUUCAGGGAGAAGCGAUUCGAGGAUGCAAUAAAAUGCUACUCAAAAGCGCAACUUCUUGAACCAGGAAAUCCUAUCAUUCUAAGCAAUCGAUGUUCUGCUUUCUGUAGGAUCAGCCAGUUUCUCCGAGACCGGUCUGCACUAGAAUCUGAAUGCCAACCAUUAAAUGGGCUUGAUCCUACAACGCAUGCUGAGCUUGCUUUAAAGGAUGCUGAAAGAGUUAUUAGUUUAAGAAUGAACUCACCAAAAUCAUAUUUUUUGAAGACCAGUGCUCUAAUUCUGCUGGAGCGAUAUGAAGAGGCACAUGAAGCAGUUCUUUCAGGACUUCAGGUUGAUCCUUUUAGCCACCACCUUGAAUCCUGUCUCAGGGAUUUGGGGAGAAUUUCAGCUGGUUCUGUUAAAAGGGCAAAACAAUGGAAACCUCAGCUGACUGAUGACUUUGAAUGUACACUAUGUCUAAAGUUGUUAUAUGAACCUGUUACUACUCCCUGUGGGCAUUCUUUUUGCCGAUCUUGUCUUCUUCAGUCUAUGGACCAUGGAAAUAAGUGCCCUAUGUGCCGGACGGUCCUAUUUAUCGGUCCUAAAACAUAUCCGAUAAGCGUGACAUUGAACAACAUAAUACAGAAAACUUUUCCAGUGGAACAUGCUGAGAGGAAAUCUGAGCAACAAAGUUUGUCUCAUUUGGAUGUUGAUAUAAUGCCCCUUUUCGUCAUGGAUGUUGUCCUUCCAUGUCAAAAGUUAUCACUUAAUAUAUUUGAACCUCGCUACAGACUAAUGGUGAGGAGAAUAAUGGAAGGAAAUCAUCGGAUGGGCAUGGUGGGAGUUGAUCCUGCGACUGGUUCAAUUUCUAAUUAUGCUUGUGAAGUAGAAGUUUCCGAGUGUGAACCACUUCCAGAUGGACGUUUUUAUUUGGAGGUAGAAGGGCGCAGGCGGUUUCGUAUUUCACGGUCUUGGGAUCAAGAUGGGUAUCGCGUUGCUGAAGUUGAUUGGAUUCAAGACAUACAGACAACAGUAGGGACUCGAGAGAGGCACGACUUGCAGCAAGUGGCUAGUGCAGCUGCAGAUUUGGCCCGGUCAUUAAUAAGACACGCAAAAGAAGCUGCAAGAAGUGGUAGGAGAUCAAGGCGGUUAGAACUUCUUCAAGCUGAAGGAAUGCCUGGACUGCAAGAUCUCGAGCGAUUUAGCUUUUGGCUUGUUAGCCACUUGAACUUGAGACCAUCCGAGAAGCUAGAGCUAAUUCGCAUGCGAGAUACACAUGAGAGGAUAUCGCGCGGAUUUAUAUUUCUGCGAGCCGAAGGAGAAAACUGCCGAGUCCAAUGAAUUGGUAACUUAUAUUUUCAGAUACACAUCUACAUUCAUUCUUUAUUUGUUUUACAUGAGUUAUAUAUAUAUAUAUAUAUAAAUUCUUUUGAAUCAAGCUAAUCAAAGGAAAGUCACUGGCGUUACUCUGCCAUUGCUAACUGUAAGAACAGAAUGAAAGCUCCAAAUUUUAAUCAAUGGAAGAGCACAUAUUUUUAUA